UGAGUUCCCUGAACGCUUUGAAUAACAGAGGGACUGUGAAAUAAAAAGAAAAAAAAAAGUGACACAAGCUGUCAGUCGAAGGAAGACGAGCAAGACGCAACCACAGCCACAGCCAUGCCUGAGCCCACAGAAGAGGUGAAGCCAGAGGAAGCUCAAGAGGAGGAUGAACCACAAGAGCUGACAGGACUUUUUGUAGAGAAGCCAGAAAGUGUGGUAGCCAUCGCAGGUAAAGAUGUAACAUUUGUGGUUAAGGUGGACUCCACCAACCUCACACGUAAACCCACCAUGAAGUGGUUGAAAGGGAAGUGGAUGGACCUCGGCAGUAAAGCGGGAAAACACAUCCAGUUAAAAGAGACCUAUGACAGAAACACUAAGAUGUACACGUACGAGAUGAAGAUUGUCAAGGUGGUCCCAGGAGACGCAGGUGGAUACAGGUGUGAAGUGUCUGCUAAAGACAAAUGUGACAGCUGUACCUUUGAGAUCACUGUGGAGGCUGCGGAACAAGAGGACCAAGCAGAUAUUUUGUCUGCCUUCAAAAGAGCUGAUGCUGGGGAGGAUGAGGGUGAACUGGACUUCAGUGCUCUUCUCAAAGCUGUUAAAAAGAAAAAGAAGCCAGAGCCUGAGCUGGAGGUCGACGUUUGGGAGCUUUUGAAGAACGCUCAUCCCAGCGAGUACGAGAAGAUCGCGUUUCAGUACGGCAUCACUGACCUGCGUGGCAUGUUGAAACGACUCAAGAAGAUGAAGGUCGUGGAGCCCAAAGCCAGCGAGGCGUUCCUGAGACGACUGGAGUCAGCGUACUCCGUUAACAAAGGAAAGAAGAUCGUCCUGUCUGUGGAAGUGGCUGACCCUAACGCUGAGAUCAAAUGGCUCAAGAACGGCCAAGAGAUCAAACCCUCUGCCAAAUAUAUCAUGGAGUCCGAUGGAAACAUUCGAACCCUCACGAUUAACAGAUGUACUCUGGCAGAUGAUGCUGCAUAUGAAUGUGUGGUCGGAACUGAUAAAUGCUUCACGGAAGUCUUUGUUAAAGAACCACCAAUCACCAUCACUAAACUGCUGGAUGACUACCAUGUUGUGGUUGGAGAAAGAGUGGAGUUUGAGAUUGAAGUGUCUGAGGAGGGAGCACACGUCAUUUGGAUGUUUGAGGAUAAGGAGUUGUCUCGAGAUGACAAAAAUGUGAAGUAUCGUUUUAAAAAGGACGGGAAACGCCACUGGCUUAUUAUUCAGGAGGCAUCCUUAGAGGACAAUGGGAUGUACUUUGUUUACACCAACGGAGGCCAAUCGAAGGGAGAGCUCAUCGUUGAAGAGAAGGAACUGGAGGUGUUGCAAAGUAUCGCAGAUCUUACAGUCAAAUCGGCAGAGCAAGCAAUGUUCAAGUGUGAGGUGUCUGACGAGAAAGUUACAGGAAAAUGGUUUAAGGAUGGUGUGGAAGUUCAGCCCAGUGACCGUAUCAAGAUUUCCCAUAUCGGCAGGAUUCAUCGUUUAACCAUUGAUGACGUCAAGCCUCAGGAUGCUGGAGAUUACUCGUUUGUCCCAGAUGGUUAUGCGCUCUCGAUCUCUGCUAAACUCAACUUCCUGGAAAUCAAGAUCGACUACGUUCCCAGACAAGAUCCUCCUAAGAUCCAUUUGGAUGUGGCUGGUAACAUGGUUUCUCAGAACACCAUCAUCGUUGUUGCUGGUAACAAGUUGCGUCUGGAUGUGGAGAUCACAGGAGAACCCGCUCCCACCGUCUCCUGGAUGAAGGGAGACAAGCCAGUGACAGAAGCAGAGGGACGUGUGCGUGUGGAAAACAGGAAAGACCUCAGCUGUUUCGUCAUUGAAGGAGCAGAGCGAGAUGAUGAGGGCAACUACAAUAUCACUGUCACCAACCCCGCCGGCGAGGACAAAGCCAACCUAUUCAUCAAAAUCGUAGACGUUCCUGAUCCUCCUGAGAACGUGAAGUGCACUGGAGUAGGAGAAGACUGUGCCACUAUUAUCUGGGAGCCUCCAAAGUUUGAUGGAGGAGCACCUCUGAAAGGCUAUCUGAUGGAGAGGAAGAAGAAAGGAUCAUCCAGAUGGACGAAACUUAACUUUGAAGUCUAUGAGGGCACAACAUACGAGGCCAAGCGCAUGAUUGAAGGCAUUCUGUAUGAGAUGAGAGUUUUCGCAAUCAAUGGAAUCGGAAUGUCGGCUCCCAGCCUCAACUCUAAACCAUUCAUGCCAAUUGCCCCCACCAGCGAGCCCACAAAGCUGAUUGUUGAUGAUGUAACAGACACUACGUGCUCACUGAAGUGGCUGGCUCCUGAGAGGAUUGGAGCUGGAGGGCUGGAUGGAUACAUCAUUGAAUUCUGCAAGGAAGGAGAAACGGAGUGGCAUCCUGCAAACACGGAUCUCGUUGAGCGUCAGAGUUACGUGGUGAGAAACCUUCCCACCGGAGAGAAGGUGAAUUUCCGUGUGGUUGCAGUCAAUGUGGCAGGCCGCAGCCCUCCUGCACUGCUCGGGCAGCCCGUCACCGUCAGAGAGAUUAUGGAGCAUCCUAAGAUCCGUCUGCCUCGUGAACUCAGAACCAAGUACAUCAAAAGAGUCGGAGAGAAAAUCAAUCUUGUUAUCCCCUUCCAGGGCAAACCUCGACCUGUUGCUACAUGGCUGAAGGAUGGCCAGCCGGUGGAUGAAAAGAAAGUGGGUGUCAGGAACUCAAAUGUCGACUCCAUCCUUUUCAUCCGCUCUGCUGAGAGAGAGCACUCUGGAAAAUACACACUUAAGUUGCAAAUUGAAAACAUGGAGGACUCAGCCACGUUAGACAUCCGAAUUGUAGAUAAACCCAGCCCUCCAUGUCAAGUGCAAGUGACUGACGUCUGGGGUUUCAACGCCGCGUUGGAAUGGAAACCACCCAAAGAUGACGGCAACUGUGAGAUCACCGGGUACACGAUCCAGAAAGCAGACAAGAAAACCAAGGAGUGGUUUACGGUGUAUGAGCACAAUCGCCGCACUAACUGCACCGUCUCUGACCUCGUCAUGGGAAACGAGUACAUGUUCCGCAUCUACAGCGAGAACCUCUGCGGACUCAGUGAAGAUCCCUGCAUGAGCAAGAACACCGCUGUCAUUGCCAAGACCGAUUUGGCAUUGAAACGAGCUCCCUACAAGGAGAAGGACAUGAACUGUGCUCCUAAGUUCACCACGCCCCUCGUUGAUCGAUCUGUGACUAUCGGCUACAGCAUGGCCAUCAGCUGCGCCGUCAGAGGCUUACCAAAACCGAAGAUCAUCUGGAUGAAAAACAAGAUGAUAAUAGGUGACAAUCCAAAGUUCCUGAUGCAAAAUAACCAGGGGGUUUUGACUCUGAACAUCCGCAAACCCAGCACCUUCGACAGCGGAAAGUACUCUUGCAAGGCUGUAAAUGAGCUCGGAGAAGAUGAGGUGGAGUGCAAAUUGGAAAUCAGAGCCGCACCGAUAGAGAAGAAGGACUAGGAUGCAUGAAAGCAGCGUCAACAGCAGAGAUGAAACGGAUGGGAAAUGACAUCGACUGAGUAUGAUCCGUCAUAAACUUAUGUUUUAAAGUCACUCGUGUUUGCCAGGCUCUCGGUGUGAAUGAAAUAACUGACGGCGGCUUACGCGUUCUCAUACUCUCGCUCUGGUUUUGUAGCUUUUGAAGGCUUUGAAUAAACGCUCGGUUGACUGCAUUAAGCCCCAGUGAGAAGUAUUUUUAUCAAAACUAUAGCAACCGAUGACGUUGUGCUACGAACAAUUAUGCAUGUUCAAAAACAAUGGCUUUAAUAGGAUCUGAAAAUACAGAUCCGUCCUUUCAACAUGUAGUCGACAUCUAUCCUAGAAUCAAAGUUGUGAUCGAUUACACUGAUCUGAGUACAUUAUGUAAACGGAUCUCUUAUCUUAAUGCUGUCUGAAAUGAUUAAAUUGCUUUUAUUUUGCUAGAAUACUUGCACCCCAAACUGCAUUGUCUGUGUAACUUGUAUCUGUAUUUGUUGUGUUGCAGAGCAGAAAAUAAACUACUUUUAUGACAA